AUGGAAAUCGAAGAAAGUCCAUAUCGUGCUGAAUAUGCUAAAAGUGGUAGAUCAAAAUGUAAAGGAUGUAAGGAAGGUAUUGAAAAGGAUCAUCUUAGACUUGCUGUUAUGAUUCAAUCUCCUAUGUUUGAUGGUAAACAGCCAAAUUGGUACCAUUUUAAUUGCUUUUUUGCUAAACAGCGACCUAAAACAGUUUCUGAUAUUGGUCACUUUGAUUCAAUUAGAUGGGAAGAUCAACAAAAAAUCAAGACUAAAUUAGAGUCUUUAAUUGGAACUCCUGAUCCUAUAUCAACAAAAAAGAAAUCAACUGGAAAAAAAAAGGAGAAUGCAAACUUUAAUGUGGAAUAUGCAAAAUCUGGACGCGCUGUUUGUUGUGGAUGUCAAGACAAAAUUGUUAAAGAGGAUAUUCGUAUAGGUAAAAUGGAUUAUGAUAGUGAUGAAGGUCGACGUUUUGGUGGUAUAAAUAGAUGGCAUCAUUUAGAAUGCUUUGUUAAACUUAGGCAAGAUUUAGGGUUUUUGGAUCUUGCUUCCUCUUUAUCUGGCUAUCUUACUUUAAGAGAAGUAGAUAGAACUAACCUUAAAAAUCUGUUACCUAGGAUAACAACUACUGUUGUUGGUAAUUUGGAUGAAACUGAUGGUCCCAGUUCUAAUAAAAAAAUUAAAUCUAAUUCUCAUUCAGAUUUGGAAAUAAAAAAACAAAACAAAUUGAUAUUUAAAUACAGAGAUUAUUUAAAGUCAUGUUCUGUUAAAGUAUGUAAAGAACUCUUGGAAUACAAUAAACAAGAAAUACCCGAAUCCAAUCUUGGAGAGAUUUAUGACAGAUUAUCAGAUUUACUAGCUUUUGGUACUUUACUUCCUUGUGAUGAAUGUGGGGGUCAAUUGGUUUUUAGAAGUGGCAUUGGAUUUCAAUGUUUGGGAUAUAAAAAUGAAUGGUUAAAAUGUGAAAAAGUUAUGGCUGAACCAAAUCGAACAGAAUUUAAAAUUCCUACACAUAUUCUAGAAAAUGAUGACUUUCUCAAGAAAUAUAAAUGCAAAAUACAGAAUCGUUUAUUUGAAAAAUCUGAUAAAACUUCUAUGAAACAAUCAUCAACUAUACAAAACGAUAAGGGCCAAGUAAAAGUAACACGUAUUCUGCCACUAAAAAAUAUGGAGUUUACGACUUUAUUAAAAGGCUUAGAACUUAAACAAUUAAAACUUAAAGUAGCAAAAUUUGGGGGUACAAUAGUUUCUCAUUGUACUAAUAAUAUUGCUGCUGUUUUUGCGAACCCAGACUCUAUUAUAAAAAGAGGUGUAAAGAUAAAAGAAGCUGAAAGUCUAGAAAUUGAAGUUGUUGAACCUACUACAUUUUUUGAUGCUAUUGAUAAAGGUGGUAAUGCAAUUGAGUUGAUAGUUCAACAAAACUUUGCGCCAUGGGGAGGAAAAGCCAAAGAAAGAAUUGAAAAAAGGCAAAAAGAAUUGGAAUUAGAUUAUAAAAAUAAAAGCAAUUUAAAGAGUAAAAUAUCAGGAAAAAGUAUGUAUGAGAAAAGUGUGCCAACAAGUGUGAAGUUAACUUUAAAAGGAGGCAUUGCUGUUGAACCACAGUCUGCACUUGAACAUAAAGCUCAUGUCUAUAAGCAAAACAAUGAAGUAUGGAAUGCAAAUUUAUGUUUGUCUGAUGUGUUGACUGGUAAAAACUCAUAUUAUAAAUUGCAAUUAUUAGAGUCUGACAAUAAUAACAGGUAUUGGGUAUUCCGUUCUUGGGGAAGAAUUGGUACCACCAUAGGUGGUUUUAAGACAAUAGAGCAUGAAUCGUUACAAGAGGCUAAACAAAGUUUUGAAUUAUAUUAUGAAGAUCAGACUGGAAAUACAUGGAGAAAUAGAAAUAAUUUUGUAAAAAUGCCUGGUAAAAAAGUUCCAGUUGAAACUGACUAUGGACAGGAUGAAGCCAAAGCUCUUAAUUCUAUUAGUAAUAUACCAUCUAAGUUACCUGAUACAGUGCAAAGACUGAUACGUUUACUUUUUGAUGUCGAAUCUAUGAAAAAAGUUAUGUAUGAAUUUGAGUUGGAUUUACAAAAAAUGCCAUUGGGAAAGUUGAGCCGCAAUCAAUUGCAACAAGCAUAUACCACAUUGAAUGAAUUAAAUAGUAUGAUAGAUUUGUGUGAUGAAAAAAAUAAAAGAGACAAUGUGAUCAUUGCUACCAACAAGUUUUAUACUUUGAUACCACAUGACUUUGGUAUAAAAACACCUCAGCUUAUUGAUUCAAAAGAAAUUCUUAAUGCAAAGUUAGAAAUGAUAGGAAGUUUGAUGGAAAUCCAAAUUGCAUACAGCAUGAUGGACAAUAAAACGUCUGAAGAAUGUGGGUUACACCCCCUUGAUACUCACUAUUUUAAAUUAAACUGUGCUAUUGAUGUAUUGGAAUCAGACAUGAAUGAAUUUAACAUCAUUCAACAGUACAUAAUAAAUACUCAUGCCGAAACUCAUAGCUCUUAUUCUUUAAGUAUCAAAGAUGUGUUUAAAGUAGUAAGAUCUGGCGAAGAAAAACGAUUCAAGCCAUUUAAAAAACUGCACAAUCGUAAACUAUUGUGGCAUGGUUCACGAAUCACUAAUUUUGCAGCUAUACUUUCACAAGGUUUACGCAUUGCUCCUAAAGAAGCUCCAGUUACCGGCUACAUGUUUGGUAAAGGUAUAUAUUUUGCUGAUAUGGUGUCAAAAUCUGCUAACUAUUGUAUGGCGUCUCAUGGCAACAAUACCGGUUUAUUACUAUUGUGUGAAGUUGCAUUGGGUAACAUGGUUGAGUACAAAGCAUCUGAAUACAUUGAAAAAUUACCGCCUGGAAAACAUAGCUGUAUGGGAAUUGGUAGAACAAAACCUGAUCCUGCUCAAUCAUUAUUUAUUGAAGAUAAAAUUGAGGUUCCCCUCGGCAAACCGAUUUCUUCCAAUAUCAAUGAUACUUCAUUGUUAUAUAACGAAUUUAUUGUCUAUGAUAUUUCACAGGUUAAACUUCGUUACUUAGUCAAAGUGGAUUUCAAUUUUAACUACUAGAAGAUAUAACAACAUAAAAAGAAUCUAUGUUAAAUUACCUCAUUAUUAUUAAUUAUUAUUACUAUUUUUUUCACUUAGAAGUAACAUUUUUUUUUCAAUUAUUAUAC